AUGUCUUUUGGCAGCGCCACGUUGGCAGGUCUCCCGCUUGACAUUGGCCAGAUCAUCUUCAAUCAUCUUGAUGUGCAUUCCUUGUGUCGGCUUGACAUUGCGUAUUCGCCGUUGCCUUAUGCUACUGAGAUUUUCCUGUCCAUCAAACGGCGUCGAGUGGAAGUGACUGCUGAGUAUGUGGUCACGAGUGACCUUUCACGAAUUGAUUUCGAAACUUUGGCUCGACUUCCUCAUCUUGAUAUUCUGGUCGAUUGUCCUGCAUCUUAUGCGGGUCCUACCUCAAAGUACCUUAGGGAGAUCCCAUUCAAACUGUUGGCCUUGACCCUUGGAAACAAUGGGCUCUACUUAUCGCCACAGCCAGAGCUUACGUUUUUGUGUCCCAAAUUGACGAAGCUAAGCCUUCACGACUGUUAUCUGCAAAUUCAUUCCUGA